CAGCUAUCUACACCGGAUCUCCUCCUUCACUGGCAAUAAGGAGAAGCAGGAACAACCAACAUGCCAUUUGACAUGAACGGAUAUUGGAAAAUGGUUUCCAAUGACAACUUUGAAGACUACAUGAAAGCUCUCGAUGUAAAUGUUGCCAUCAGGAAAAUUGCCAAUUUACUGAAGCCUUACAAGGACAUUGUUCAGGAUGGUGAUCACAUAAUUAUCAAGACCCUCACUACCUUCAAAAACUACAACAUGGACUUCUAUGUGGGCAAAGAGUUUGAAGAGGAUCUAAAGGGAGUGGAUGACAGAAAAUGCAUGACCACCAUCAACUGGGAUGAUGACAAGCUUGUGUGUGUUCAAAAGGGAGAGGUUGAAGGAAGAGGGUGGACCCACUGGAUGGAGGGAAAUGAGCUUCAUCUGGAGCUGAGAGCCGGAGGAGCUGUUUGCAAGCAGGUCUUCAUGAAACCCUAAACUGCCUCUUCUUAACCAAGACAUUACUUAAAGACAAUAAUAGCUCAGGAACACUCAUCAGAUACAACUUUUUGUAUUCACUAAACACAUAUUUGUAUUUCAGAAUGAGAAUUUGGAGUGUGAGCAGGUUGACAUUUUAGAAUCAUCAGAUGCAAUACAGUAUUUUUGUCUCACAGCAGGUGCUAUAAUAAAUGAGUUCAGAUGUGCUGAAUACAUGUUAUUGUGAGCUGUAGUUUAUACAUGAAUGACCAAGCAGUUCAGGAAAAAGAUCCAUUCUGUUGAAUAUAGAUGCAGGGGAGAGAAAAGAGUGGUUAAAAAAAGAGAGCAGUGAAUGUAUUUGUGACUGAUGCUGAAUCUCCAGAAUGAGUAUCAGAUAAUAUGUACAUACUUUUUCCUUCUUAAAUCUUUACAGCUCUGCCGCUGAUAGUAAGAUAAAUCAAACGAUAAAUAAAGCUGGCAUCAGCACUAUCAUUUGUAAUUUUUGUGUGAUUAAAUCUUUUCAUACUGUGUACUUUGAAAUGAGCACUGAUGUCUGAAAACAUAUCGCUCCACUUUAUUUUUAUCUUUACUUUAACUUAUGUCUUUGUAG